CUUAGUAGCAGGGAAGACCGAGACAACCGGCAAGAUGUAUCGUCGAGAAAUAGUUAGGGAUGGGGGAUUUGGCGCUCUUCAAAACCGGCGAGAGGCCCUAGCCGCACGAAGAGACAAUCUUCGAGAUAAAGUUCUCUCAAAUCUUCGAAAUAUUCCUGAAGUGUCGUCUGACAAGAAAGUUAUGGAACCUCAUUCUUACCAGAAAGUCGUUUUACCGAAGCCCAGAGAAACCCCUGAUCAACGCAAGGCUCGGCUGGACCGUUACCGUAAUCUGAAGAAGGCUUGGGCCGCCGAACAGAGGGCGGAAGGGCUGAAGACGCCGGCGUUCAAGGUUGGCAUCGCAAGGCCAACUCCCCUUAAAGAAAACAAGUCGGUUAUUGGAGGGCUUUCCAGAAGAAUGCUUGAUUUCGACGUUUAUGAUGGUGUGGAUUCAUCGGCUUGCCCCGCUAUAAAAAAAAAGACUCCAUCUAUACGUACGACAUUGGCAACCCGAUUUAAUCUAACUGUCCAGAAGAAUCCAAUGGAUCCUCGAUUUGGGCAAACCAAGAUGAGAGCUGUGCAGAUACUGCUCGAACUUCUUGAGCUUCCUUUAGUCACGAUGAACAACAAUUUACAGAUGAAUAGCAAUAAGAAGAAGAUGCCAAGUAAAACUGUAAGUAAUGCUCCAUCGGGCCGAACGCUCUCCAAAAUGGCUACGCCAGCAUCGACAACGGCAGGAGCACCUUUGACAAAGACACAAUCCAAUCCAUUGACUGCUGCGUCAAGGGCAACUACAACCACUUCAUUGAUGUUUACUAGUAAAACUCCGACUGGUGUUCAAGCUAUUCAAAAACCGAUGAUUCCUCGAGAGACCCCGCUGUCAGUUCCCAGUAAAAGUGAUCCCGGAAAAUUAACAUCAACCGAUGUCUCCACUGGCGACCAGCCUAAAACGCCGCCUUCAACAAUAAGGAGGACUCCAAAAUCUAUAUCUCGUCUAGGAACGACACCUUGGCGAACAGUUGUGCGAGUCGGGUCGACACGCACCACACCUCGAUCGUCUCCUACCGAGGAACGUUCCAUCUCGUUCGAGCCAUCAUCGACAUCGAUUCCGCCAAAAACGACACCUUCUGGAGCGCUAAAAGCACAGCAUACUGCUUCUGGAAGGACCACUCCGCUAUCGGCACGGUCAAAAAUCAGCCAAGAAAUACCCAGGACUCCUGUACCUGCUUCCACUCAAACAAAACACAAACAGGAGAUGACAGAGAAUACAGUAAACAUUUCCCCUGAGGGCCAACAAGCAGAGUCUAAUAUAUCUCGAAGUAAAUCGUUUCGGUCAAGAAAUGUUGCUGCAGCUAUCAAAAAAACCAGAACUGUCAAACGGCUUUUCGUGGCAUCGGGUCUAAAAACUGGACGAGGGAAUGCUGCUACAUCGGCAUUGAAAACCAACCCAAAACCCAUCAGAGGGAGCUCUGUAGCUGUCACCAUGGCUCUUAGAUCUAGAGCUAAUUUGAAGUGGACCAGUACAGCUUACAACAAAACCCGAAAACAAAGACCUACGAAGCUUAAGGAAGGUCAAAGACCUACCGAAGACGAAAUAGCAAAAAAAUGGGCAGAAUUCCUUGCAUGUGUAAAAGCGCACAAAGAAUCGUCAUGAGAAACGGAAAGACGGAACUUCAGGAAAUGAAACUCGAAAUCUGACUCUUAUCGUCGACUGCCGAUCCCACAAUAUUAUACUAUAUAGCAGCGCUUUAUUGAUCCGUUGUUUGUGUUGUUGUAUUUAAUAACCAUGUGACAGCACACUGAAGGAACAUGAUUAGAAAUAAAACAACUUUCAAAUCCUAUACAUUUUGUAGAUAAAUCAGGCAUGUUCGUGUGUGACCUAGGCCAUUGGUACGGACUAAUUAACGCGCCAUUAUCUAAAAAUUCCGAAAGCCGUGUAAGCCACUAAUACGAAUCGUUUUUAAUACCUAUCACUAUGUUUCUAUGUAUUUUUAUACGGCUAUAAGUUUUUAAGUGCCAUACGUAUUGAACCUAUAUAUGCAAUAAAUUAUCAGUUAUGAUGAUGGAGCUACUAACCGAUACGCUUUUAGUGCGGUAGUUAUAUAAGAACAACUGAUUGUUGUGAAAUACAUAAUAAUUUGAUUAAUUUUCGACUUUGCCAUAGAACAGAUCUAUGUUGCUUUAAGACUUGUUUUUAUCUUUGUACUAAUAAAACUCAAAGGCUCAAAAGAAGUUUUGGACGGAAAUUUACUAUAAUGCUGCGAUUAAGUAUCUGUGCUUAUCCAUGUUCAAUAUAUAUAAUAUCCAAACUAAUGUCGUCGUACUCCUGUGAGUUCAAGCCUGUCUAUUUUACGAAAUCAAUUAAAAAUGAGGGUUAGUUUUCUAAUGCUUAACACAUGUCAUAUUCGGAAAGAAAUGCUUCUUCAUGCCAUAACAACAUUGAGAAUUGCCUCGCCAAGAUGAUUUUUACGCAAUUUUUUGUAUGUAAGUCCUUUAGAACGAUGAUCAACCGUUGCACGAUUUUUUUUUACCAGGUUUCGAUGGAAAGGCUAAUAUAGCUACGCGAAGAUUUAGUAAUAUCCCAAAGUUAUGCGGACGAUCCGAGAUUUAGAUGGAUCCUGGAGCAAAAUGUAUUAUUAUUAAUAGUAUUAUCAAUAUGUUGUAAAAAGAUGUGCACGUAGGUGACACGUAUUUCUAUAUUGAAAAUACAGUUCAUAAUUUUGCGUAGGAACGAUUUAAACGUUUGAAUACGAAAUAUUUUUGUUUAGUCUAUUUUAAAAGGACAUGACUGGAAUUUAGAACGCGUAUUCUUUAUAUGCCCUAUAAAUAAUAAGAAAGCACAGCUUCUUAUAUGUAUAUAUGUCACAGAAAUUGGUUUUCUUUUUACUCAUAUCUCUAGAGAGUUGAUAGGUCAACAAGAUUCACUGUUAAUUCAUUUAGGUAAACAAGCACAGUAUAGUAAAUGCAAUUUUCAGGGUGAACAAAGAAAUCGCUUUUCUUUCUUUCAGUAGUGUAUUUUGGAACUCAGCUUUCCUAUAACCCUAAUGUACUCAAAUAUAUUUGUGUGCUGCUUACAUAUUUACAGUCAUGAAGCUGGAGCGUUUACUAAAGCAAAAUUUGUGAUAUACGGUAGGUCAUUCUCAGAUCCUCAUUUGAGUGAAGUUUAUGCCCCAUAGCGAUCUGGUUUGUCACGUGUAACUUUCUAUAAAAGUCAUUAAGAACAACUUAGCUCCCGAGACCUGGCAAAACCUGACGAUCCGAUCCUUUCAAAUACAAUUUGAGACAGAUGACAUUAAGUCUCUAGAUGUGUUUGUGUCUGAGGCUUAGGUUACCUUGAUUUCUGUGGUGGCAAUAUACACACUCUCCUCAAGGUUUUUUCCUCCUGAGGUUGUCCCUCGAAUAUUAUUUAAUCCAGUUUUAUUAUCGUUGGUAUAUUGUUUGGGGUACAUACAAUUUUACGCUUAAAUUUUUCACCCAUAUCUGAUAUUACACCUUUUCUUCUCUAAAUCAAUAUUAUCAUAUAAUCUUAAAAGCCAUCGAUUUGAAUGGAUGAAAUCCUCAACUGUAGGAACUGCAUUUAAACAGAUAAUACCAUUUGGUCCUGUAUACACGUGGCUGCAUGGAGCAUAAAAGAACAUGUUGAAUCAAAAAUAAAUAACUGUGAGAGCACUAUGUUAUUGACAUAGUAAAAAAAAUCCUAAUUCCAUCAGAACGUAGUAAUAAAAGAGAGCUCUGGACUAUAUCAAGACCUAAAAAUUAGGUCUUGUUCUUGGUUUCAUUACACACAAAGAAUCUACCGAUACAGAGCAUGUGGCGUCCAGAAUUAUUUUUCAAAUAGUAUUGCAGCUGCUGAGCUUUUGCUUUAAACUUCAAUCGAAGCGAAGGUUUAGCCAGAGUGUCUUAGAGGACACAAAAUUGUUUAGGGUAGACAAAACUUUUUCACAAAUUUCAGUAAAGUCUCCGCUCUAAUAUCACGUUUACAAAGAUAAAAUAAGGUAUAAUGUUUGUAUACUUCCUGCGACCUUAUCUCAAUGUCAUUUAUCCUUAGUUUAGAAAAAGUGCCGUUAGAUUGACAAGAUUUCGGGCCGUAUCUAUUAGCUUCUCCCAAUAGAAGCCAAACACCGUAGGUCAAGGAAAUCACCUGUUUCCACCAACCUUUGCGGCCUAUUGACUUCGUCGGAUACGUAUGGAUUGCGCAUUAAGAAAUAGUACCCGGCAAAUUUCAGUUUAACCUGAAUCUGUGAAGGCCACAUAUUCUUUGCAUCCACGCGCAUGCCUACGAGCUGACGCUAUUAUACAGGCAGGCUUUCGAGAUAAAUUACCUAUAGG